CACAUUUAUAUUAGUUCAGAUGAGUUGUUCAGCAGGAUGGGUUAACUAAAAUAUUUUGCGCUAAUGGACUACUUUGAAGUCAACGUGAAGGUAAUACAAAAUACCGUGAUCCGUCAAGUGGCUUCAUUUUGGAAGAUAUAUCCAGUGCUCAGAGUGAUGGUAUUUUUCAUUUUGUUUAUAGAGGAAAGCAUGAUAUUGAGGUGGUUAUGCUUUAAAAGAAAAUUAUUACUAUUUAUUGUUAUGAUAUCUGAAGAAGGAAAUACCGAGGCCUCGAUUCGAGUUUCCCUUAUGCUUCUAUUAGAUUGCUGCUCUUGUCUGUCACAUCAACGGAUACAACGUACGCUGCCGUGCCAACACACAGUAUGUAACAAGUGUAUUGAGAGAAGUCGGCGUACUGGAAUUCUCACUUGUGCCGAGUGUGGAACGUUGCACAAAAUUCCAAAGGAGUGGACACGCCUGUUCCCUAUUAAUCUUCAACUUCAGCGAAUUGCACAAUGCUCUGAUAUGUAUAUGUCUAGGUCUGCUGUGGCAGAGAAACGAGAAGACGAGUCAGUAGUUAUAAGUGGGGGAGGAGGUGAGGAUGCUGCAAAUUUAGAAGAGACGCCCAUCGUAACUCUCCGAGAACGGCUUAAGGUACUUGAAACCUCUGAAGGAGUAUAUAGAGAUAUUUGCAAGAGAAUUAACGAAGACAUCAACAGGCUAGUUCAAAGUGGAGAAAAAGUAAAAUCAACUGUUCGGGAAAGAAUACAGGAAUUGCGACGCCUCAUUGAAUACAGAGAGACAAUUCUUUUUGAUGAAAUAAAAACAACAAUCGACCAAGAAACAGAAAUUUUGAGUACGAAGUUGCGGGAAUUUCAAAAGGAAGUUAUUGCAAUUAGAGCGUUUUGUGUCGAUGCUAGGGACCGCAUUGCUUCCGAAGGUAGUUUAAAUCUUGAUGAGUUCCUCAUAAAAUCUUCGAAAUGGAUGGAUGUUUUUCGCCAAGCUAAAACUUCGCGAUCAAGAGUGCCAAAAGAAAUAGUGUUCAUCGAUAGAUCAGCACCCAAGAAAAGGCUAAAAGCUAAUAUCAAUACAUACGGAAAACUGACCAUAGAAUCAGCCAUGACGAGGGACGAUAUCUCUACAGAAGAUGUCAUUUCAGAGGACAGUACACCAGCAUCUACGCCUACUGAAGAAUUGGACGAGCUAAGACAAUCAACAUUUUUACCAAGAACUAGGCAAAAAGACAAAUUGUCCAAACUAGAAAAUAGUAAGGAAAUACGAAUUGAGUUAGGUAACAGAUCUAGGGUGUACUUAGAGGUUCCAAAGGCAAAGUUAUUAAGUGCAGGGAAUGGCCAUUUUCGACACCACUCAAUUGAUAGUGGAAUAGAAGAAUUCACUUUUGGGGGAUCGUCUGCUGAUAGAAGAUUCCACGUAGGUGAAUCAAAAGAGCCGCAUCAUGAUACGUCAUCUGGUGCCAGAAGAAAAUCUAGACCCAUAAGGCAACAGGCCAUAUCUCCCAUUGAUUACUCAAAAAGUCGCAUCAAAUUAACAGUUGGUGGUUUCGGGAAGGAACGGAAUUGUUUUAAUGUGCCCAAAGGCCUUACGGCAGUCAAAGACGACAUAUUUGCCGUCGCUGACUGUGGAAAUAAUGCUGUAAAAAUGUUUGACUCGUCUGCUGGGCGUGUUGUAGACAUAAUCAAUUGUGAAGAUAUUAUGAAGUUUUCUCUGCCCUCUGUUGUUGAUGUGUGCACCUUUCAAAAUACCAGCCUGUUAAUAAGUAUAUCAAGAAUGGGUAGUAUUCUACAUUACUCACGUAGGGGAAAGUUCUUAAAUAGAUUCAAUGUAUCCACUGCCGAGACAUCCUCACCUGACAUUUGGGGAAUUGCGUCAGAUAGCCAUGACAAUAUUUACAUUUGUGACAGAGCUAAUGGUUGUGUACUACAUUUUGAUAAAGAAAUGCAGAAGGUAAGAGACAUGCGUUCUUAUACAAAACGAUCAUGCCCAUUUUAUGUGGCAGUGGGUCCCGAUAAUCGUAUUUAUACUACCGAUAGUACAUCAAAUACGAUACUAAUUUUUACUCCAGAUGGACGUAAGUAUGAAGAAAUAAAUUGUGAGAAACCUCCUUUAGGAUUUCCAAAAUUCAGGGCACUUGCCGGACUAGCUUUUGAUACUAGUGGUCGUCUACUACUUGUCGACAGAGGUGAAGCUAAAAUUAUUGUUAUGGAACCUAGGAUGGGAAACAAAUACAUAGGCGUGGUCGGUAGUGAUUCACAUGCGUUCAACGUCGGUAAACCAGAAGGUGUAGCCGUUCUCCAAAACGGAACAGUCGUUGUAUCAGAAACUUCACAUCACAGGGCACUAAUAUUUUGAAGUAGAUAGCAGGUCAUUGUUCUACAUGCAAUUCCUCUAAUGAUAGCCCCUUCUAACAUGAGCUAGUGUUGAACACCAACUUCAAAAAAAUCACAAAUAACUGAUUUAAAUGAUAACUAGUGUUUAACCGAACCACCUGAUAGUUUCCCAAUACUUAAUGACUGAUAAUGAUACUGGUCAUAAAACAAAUACGGUAUAUAGUAUACAGUACUAAAAAGUCCUCUAAAGUAACGCAAGUAUUUCAUAUUAAAUAAUAAAGACCUUGUGUUUGCAAUUACGUCAUUUAUGUUUACUUCAGCUAGUAUAACAAUCAAGUUGUUAUGGAAUAGUUUGAUAAUUUGAUGUUACAGUGUGACACAAGAAAUAAAUACAUUAUACUAAAAAUAGUCCUCGAAAAUAAAUAAAUUAAUAUAAAUUAUUAGGCCUAUUAUAUUUAUAUUUUAUUUUCAUUCGUAUUAAGAAACAGCGAUAACAACCGCCACUAACAGCUUAAAAUACAUACCGGUAUAUCAUAUAUGGGCGUAUAUGAUAAUAUUAUUAUUGUUAAUAAAUUAUAUAUAGAGUAAUAUAUGUUUAAAUAUUAAAUAAUAAAUACCAAGUAUUUCCGAUUUUAUAAUUUGAUUUGUAUGUUUAUUACAGUUAUUAAACCAUUAAGUUGUCAUGGAAUAGUUUGGUAAUCCGAUCUUAUAGCCUAGUUAGACUAUUUUGACGUUAUUCGCUUUUAUUAGAUUUCAUCCUACUUUUUUACAAAAUUCAUUAUACAUGUGUUGGAAGGUCAUUUACCUAAUGUAGUUGAUACGGUAUUGAUUAUGAUUAUCGUGUUGAUUUUUUAAACGAGUCUUAUAACUAUACAAUUAGGCCCUGCAAUUGUGUUUGAAUUUUUAUACAGUACUAAUUAUUAUAAAUUGUUUAAUCAUGGUUUAUUGUAUUAUUUUCAAAUAUUUGUUGAAUGUUUUGUAGUAAUUGUGUAUGGUAUUGUAUGCUAAUUGUUAAUGGCGUUUAUUCUGCUGUGUGGAAUGAUAUAAAAUAUUAUUUGCAACUUGUUUAAUCAUAAACGUUUAUUGUAUGUUUUCAAAUAUUUGUUGAAUGUUCAUUAAUCAAAUAAUAAGUUGCUUUGAAUAUUUAUAUUAGGGAGCUUUCGAUUUGCGCGACGUUGUAAACGUAGAGCGGAUCCAGGCCUGAGCGGAUCAAAUCAUCACCUGUGCGGGCCGUCCCUGGUUCUCUGAUAUUAUCGGGCCGCCAAACUGGCGUCCUAGUGGCCCUAUUCAAACCAUCUACGCUGUUGCUUGCGCAGAUAAGUUUAUGUGAUGACGUUAUCAUGUUGUCAUGUAAUCGACAGCUCCCUAUUGAUUUUUUAAAAAUAUUUUGAUGUUAGAGUUAGAUUAUUCGUAAGCCUUAUUCGAUUUCAUUAUUGAUAGAUUUGUUUCUACAUAGAAUGGGUUUUUUCAGUUAAGGUGUCGGGCCGUUAUUUCAAUCUUUAUCUAUUAAUGUAUACUGGCUAUUAGAUCUUUGCAUUAGAACUUAAGCUUACCAACAGCUGAUCCAUUUUGCAAAAAAACAAUAAGCUAUAAAAUCAUAAUUGGUUUGGGGCCGAGUUGGCUUUGGGCCGAAGUGUCGUCUGGGGCCGAGUUGGUUUUGGUCCGAGUUGGUUUGAGCCGAAUUGGUUUGUGCCGCUUUGGUUUUGGGCCGAAGUGACCAGCAAAUGCUAUUCGAAUACACUAGUAUUAAUUCAGAUGAUCUUUAAUUUGUAAAGUGAUUUACUUGAAAUUAUUUUUUUCUGACCGAAAUAGCUAUUUCAUUCUAUCAAUGAAUAAAUCCAAUUGAUCUAAUGAAGAAAUAAUAAAUCGUUCUUGUGAUCGAGCUUCAGAUUUGUGUACUGUGUGUCUUUACUUUUGAACGUGCUCUCGAAACUGAAAAAUAUGAUAGUGUGUGUAACUUGGUCAGAUGAUGACUACACCAUUAAUCAAUAAUUCAAUCAAGGGUUUUCAUAACGCCAAUGUCCACGGCAGUGCGACGUUCAGUGGUGGGUAGGUUAAGAGCAAUUAUAAUUGAGUUAAGACGAUGUAGGCCUAUCUGAUCUGUUGAACACACGCCUGCCUCUCAAAAAUGGGGAUGGGUCCUUCUCCCCCGUUCCCAUUGCCACCACUGUUGAAUACCAUGGGAUAGUCAAAGUGUCUGUGUGUUUGGUUAAAUAAUCUGAAAAUUUUUAA